CGCGGAGAACACAUGGAGCUGUCGGAGUAUGUGCAGUCGCUGCCCGAAAUUGCGCGCCAGCGUUACGCCGAAAAGCUGGAAGUUCGUGGCAACCAGUAUCCUGACCCGUACACCAUUUCGGUGUGGAAGAAUGAUCCGAAGUGUUGACCAAACGUUCGGUUUGGGGACAUAUACGUGUACCUCGUUCACACGCCUGGCCCGUACAGUGCCGAGGCGAUGAGGUCCUACCGAUCGCUGAAAGCGUACGGCCUUGCCAUGGAAGGACACGUGCACAAAGUACUAAUUUCCGACUUGAGUAUGGAGUGCUGUUUCCUGAAAGCAGAAGUGACGCCGUCGCAGAGGACGACCGCCAAGCCCUACGAGGCAUGGGCUCUUGUUUGUGGAGACGGCAGCGUCCACACGGCGCAUUGUACGUGCAUGGCUGGACUUGGAGAAGUCUGCGCACAUGUGGCAGCACUGCUUUUUAAGGUGGAGCUGCUCGUUUCGUCUGGGUUUGCGAGGUCCACAACAUCCCAGCUUUGCGAGUGGAACAACAAGUUUCGAGAGAGUGUGGAGCCUACACGGGUUCGAGACUUGAACAUUGUCAAACACCGGCACGGCAAGGUUUCCAAGGGAGUGAAUAGGAAGCGCAGUGCUGCACAAGCCCCAAAGGCAAAGUUUCCAGGAAUUCUUGACUCCCUUUAUUCUGUUCUUCCGAAUGCAGCUGUGUUUACAGCAUUCUCAAAAGUGCCCGGCUAUGGCAGCAUAACCCCAUGCAGCAGCAGCACCGUUCGCUUCUGA